ACUCUUGACUCUCCCAUUUCCUCCAUUUUUCACGAGAUCAAGAGACCACCCAUCUCUCUCUCUAUAUAUCUCCACGGAGGUGACCUGAAAUCACAUCAUCAACAACAGAGAGCCUUCAUCACCAUCACCACCUCACCAUGUGGCGGAGAAUCCUCUCUUCGGCUCAGCUCCGAACCCUAACCCUUGCCGCCUCCUCCUCCUCCUCCGCCGCCGCCCCAUGCCGAUCCGCCGCCACCGCCCGCUCCUUCAUCCCCAAGCCCCUUCCUCGCUACUUCAGCGCCACUCCUUCCGUGGACACUGCUGUGAAGAAGAAGGUUGAGGAGAUUAUGCCCAUUGCGACCGGCCACGAGCUUGAGGAGCUCGCAGCUGAAAUUCAGGGAAAGGAUAUCCUGGAAAUCGACCACCCCGAAGGCCCUUUCGGCACAAAGGAAGAACCUGCAGUUGUGAAGUCCUAUUACGACAAGAGAAUAGUUGGAUGCCCCGGUGGUGAAGGCGAGGAUGAACAUGAUGUUGUGUGGUUUUGGCUGGAGAAGAACAAGCCACAUGAAUGCCCGGUCUGCUCACAGUAUUUUGUGGCACGAGUGAAACUGCAAAUGAAUCACUGCUGGGUGCUAUAGCUUGGUUACAAGAGUUUCCUCAAGUGCCAAAGCCGACUAUCAAGCUUAAAUGGAGGUCGGUGUGCCCAGGGAAAUGGAAGCUGAAUGUCGAUGGCAGCUAUCUCCCUAACGCUGUCAUUGCCUCAUUGGAGGUAGAGGAGUUGUUCGUGAUGACAAAGGCAGCAACGCACGCACUUUGCCAGGUUAUUCAUGCAGCAUCUGCUAAACAUGUUGAACUCUUGGCAACAAAACACGGGUUGGAGUUGCUGCAAACUUUGCAGGCCAGCAAUGUGAAGGUGCAAACUGAUUGUCAAUAGGCGCUUACUGACAUUGCAUGCUUAGAUCAUGAUUCAUGAAAGUUUGCAGGAAAGGGAGUCUGAUGGAUGACAUUAAUAAGGUUCUGAUUCAAACUAUACCCAAGACUUUUCCAUCUCUCA